AUGCAUUUUCCUUCUCUCGUGUCUAUCCUGGUCCCUCUCUCGUUACUCGCUGCAGUCGGCGCAGACAUAGUAGCGAAUGACGAUUAUAACUCUUCUGGCUUGAAGCUGAACGGGAUCACCGCUGAUGUGCGGGAGAAGUAUAUGAGACUGGUCAAUGAGAAGCUGUAUGAGCAGGCGGGGAGUGUCUGUCCUUUCGCGUCGUUCGGGGCGAUGAUCGUGAACCACACGGCCGACGAGGUCGUUUGCGUAGGUGCGAAUGACAGGACUGGCGAUCCGACGCUUCACGGAGAGAUUUCGGCCAUUCAAGCAUGUACGAAGGUGUUCGUGGAUAAAAACAUGACUUCGACUGAGAUAUAUGCAGCCUGGGGAGAAUUGUCGCUUUACACAAAUGCGGAGAGUUGCCCGAUGUGCGCGAGUGCGAUUAGAUGGGCCGGGUUCAAAGAGUAUGUCUAUGGCACGACGAUCAAACAUAACUACGAGGCCGGUUGGGGAGUGAUGACUCUCUCGUCUUGGGACGUAUUCCAAUAUUCCCGCAUCCUCCCCGGUGCACAGACCCUCGCCAUAGGUCAGAUCCUUAUCAACGAGACUGAUCCUCUGUUUGCGUGGUAUAUAUGUCUUCAUACUUCCAGCUCCAUCUCUUCCUCUUCUCGUUCGUUGUCGUUGACACAUAGCGAUAUCACCAGGCAAUAUAACGACAGCGCUUCUUGUCCCAACGGUUGCGUCCGUGAGGCCUCGGCUGCGCGUGGCGGGACAAUUUGCACGGAUCCGACGAAUAGCACGAGCAGUAAAAGGGAGGUGGUGUUUGGCAGUGGUGUUCACGAUCAUUCCCAGGCGUGUGAGAUGGGUGGGUAUGCAGGGAGUCACAUUGGACAUGACCAUGGGUUGUAG